AUGUCUAAAGAUGUAUGUGAUGAGAUGACUGUUGAAAUCUUCUCCAGACUACCAACCAAAUCCCUUCUCCGUUUUAGAGCAGUUUCCAAAUCAUUAUGUGCUCGUAUUGGUAGCCCCGCCUUCAUCCGUUUGCAUGCUCUUCGUUCUCCGAAAAAGUUCUUGUGCAUACACCACGAUGGAUAUAAAGAUGAAGGGAUAUAUAAGACUAAAAACUUCUAUACAUUCCAUUCUGAAGGCCAAUUGCCUUAUAAUUCCUAUAUGGGCAUAAAUCCAAUCAAGUAUCCUUUCAUAGAUGCCAGAUCAACUUUUGGCUCAUGUAAUGGGAUUCUAUGCCUUCGUGCAUUUGGAAAGGGUGUGACUCUAUGGAACCCUUCAACUAGGCGCAAAGUAGCUAUUCGUGAUCCUCGUACUUUUCGUGGUGACUCUCCUGUCUAUGGGUUUGGUUACGACCCCGUCAUCCAAGAUUACAAGAUUUUGAGGAUAUCCCACCCAACUUUAUUUGUUUGCACCGUCAAGACACGCACUUGGCGUAAGAUUGCUUCCCCUAAUGAGUGUUCUCGGGUGACUUCAUACCAGUGUCUUUUCAAUGGAGCACUGCAUUGGGUCGAAACACAUGUGCGAACAUUGUUAUUUGAUAAAUACACUUAUUAUGAUCAUCAUAUAAUGACUUUCGAUUUCAGCUCUGAGGUUUGUUCUUCGAUUGAGUUGCCAGAGCCAACUUGGGAAACGAGUGGACUGGCAGUCAUCAAAGGUUCUCUAGCCGUUAUUUCUAGAAUUUCUGUAAGACACAAUGAUUGCACGAUUUGGGUGAGGAGAGAAUAUAAUGACACUUCUGCUUUUUGGUCAGUUGCUUUUAAACUGAAUACAGUUUCAUAUGGGAAUCAAGUUGAUAGAUUUUUUCAACUUACCGCCACUGACGAUCUCCUGUUAGACCCAUACGGUAGGGGGAUCAAAGUUUAUAAUCCGGAGACAGAGGUGCUAUCACAACUUGCAGACUUCAGUGCUUCUUCACACAUAGUUGGCAUGUAUAUUUGUGUUGAAAGCCUUGAAUUGUUAGAUAUGGGGAAUUCAUGUUAUCAUGGAAAGCAGAUCGCCAGGAAAAAAGCAAAGCCCAAAAAGUGA